AGCUGACAGUUCAGGACUUGGGCAUUUGCAUGCCUCUCAACAAAGGGACACUAACGAACAGCCGGCUGUUUGACGCUGAUGCCACUCCGGCAGUUGUGGUGACCCUGGAGAACACACGGAUCUCUGCUUGCUCUUGUGGCUCCCUUGUGAGCAAGGCCCGAUUCACAGGGUUGUGCCUGCGCUUUGCUGAUGAGUUUGAGGUGUCCAUGGAAGAUUGGAAGCCAAGUGAUGCGACCACUACGAACCUGUGUGUGGUUUCUGAGGGCACCUAUGAAAUCUGCUCUCGCACUAUUGCGGCUCAGGCCACUAGCAAUGCCAAGUGGAUCCUCAAUGUCCAGUGGCAAAUGGAGGGCGUGGACAUUCAUGUGGAUGUGGGCAUCAGCAAGGCUCUCUCAGCUUUGUUCCGUACACUGACUGCCCUAACAGGAGAGGGUGAUGAAGGCGAAAGCCCCGAAGAGCAAGCCCGUACAGCACAGGAGCCAGUGACCCUGCGACAUGCCUGCCUGCUGCUCGACCCCAGCGUGGAUGCCAAGAAGCGUUCUCGGCUGAUUGAGAAAGAGAUGAACGAGCAGGCCAAGAUCAUCAGUGACCUGCGCUUCUUGGGGGCCAGCCAGAGCACCAUCGAGCAAGAGGAGAGGCGGCUCAAGGAGCUCGAGACGGCUGUCUUCAAUGACUUCCGUCGAGAUGUCAUCAAGAAGCUGCGCAGACAGAGUGUCAAGGCGGCAUCCAUCAAGGACAAGCUUGGUUUGGGCACGGUGUCUCGGUUGCCUGCCGACACACCCGAAGAAGAGGUCACCCACCAGCUAGAGACCUCCCCAACCAAGGAUGGCACGCACACACGCACUGCAUCCUUUGACAUGUCCGACUUGCCCGCCACCCCAAAGCGACCCAUGUCACUGGUCCACAGGGAGCUCUCUCUCGACAGUGUCUUCUCACAGACAACGGCCAGUGUCACAAACAGUGGUGCACCGACUCCCACUAGUGAGCCCUCGGAGCCUGCCCUCAGUCCUCAGGAUGACAUUGUGCCUCCCCCGGAGCCACGUGCAGGCCACACCACGCCUGUGCCCUCGAAGCAGCAGCAAGUGGAGCCGAGCAUUGACUUUGAGCUCGACAUCAAGGUGUUCUUCAACAGCGGCAAGUGCGUGCUGCACACCAGGGACCACGAGGAGGAGACCAUCAAAAUGACCCGCACUAUGCGCAAAGAGCGCAGCUUCUCCGGAGGCCUUCCAGAUGGUGGUUCCCCAACAAGGCGCCGCAGUGGUCCUCGCAGCCAUCCGUCAUCCUCUCGCAUGCGCUUCCCUCCGGCAGCCUCAGCUGCUUCCAGCCAGGUGACUACAGACUUCACCGUGUUUCUGGUGCCAGGCCUAGAUGUCAAGGUGCACUACAAUUCAUGGACCAUGGGAGGGGAUAGUCCAGUUGAUCCACCUGCUCGGAAAGGAGGCACAAAAAAGGCUACACUAUUUGCUUGGAUAACAUUGCAAAGCAUUCCAGAGGAAACAGUGAUAAGCCCACACAUCCUGGACUUCCUGGAGCAAGCACUUGAAGCAAUACCAUGCAGCAGGCUGCAAAAGCAUCACCUGUGGCAUCAGUUGGGACUCUGA